AUGAACGUCCCCUUCCUGCCGCUGCUACUCUCCAAAAGCGCACGAAGGCGCUUGAUGGAUGAGAUGCAGCAGCACGUCCUUCGACAAUGUACAAAGGACCCAGCCAUGCCCACUGCGCUGCAAAACCUCAUAACGUCGCUUGUACAAAUCUUCUGGGCUGACAUGGUCGUUGAACUGGAGCUUGAUGCCUCUUCGAAUCGUUGUCGGGAGGAUGACGAGGAAGAGUCUGCUUCAGGUGGUUCAGUUGGUCCUCAGGGACCACUUGGCCGAGCCCUUUCUCCAUGGUUGGUUCCAUCUGCGCUCUCUCGAGACAGUCGAGCAGAGGAACUUGCAGCAGCGCCAGACAUUGCAACUGGAAUGCUUCAGGUACUUGUAGUUGAAGCUCGUGACCUGAGACCUGUCCACGGCAUUGGAACAAACCCUUACGUGCGCGGGCGCUUGGGCGAGCAUGUUCGACGCAGCCCUACUGUCUGGAGCAACCUCAGACCUGCAUGGAACUGCCUCAUGGAAUUCCCAGUCGUGUCCACAAGAGGCAAUCUCGAGCUUGAGGUUAUGAGCAGAGCACCUCUUUUCGGUAGCGAUACUCGGCUAGGCUACGUGUCUGUGCCGUUGGAUGACAUCAUUUCGCCUGCUGGCCCCUCAGCAGUGUUAACGACCGGUCCAGGCAAUUCCCAGCUCGCCUAUCGCUGCGAGCCAUUGCUAGGGGCCAAAGGUGAGUUAGUGUUGAUUAUCGACUACAGGAAGCUGCAGGCAGUGCGCCGCCGUCUUUCUUGUGGGGCGUUCGGAAAUGCACUGGCUCGAAGAGCUGCGCAGUUUCGAGCGUUCUUUUUGUAUCACUACUGGCCAUGUGACAAAUCGAUCUUCCAAAUGUACAUGCACGAGCCGAUUGACAUAUGCUUGCUGCUUUUAUCGCUUAGUCCUUUCCUUUUUGUGCGCGUCCUUUUCUAUACGGUUCUCUUGCUGUGCCUUUGUUUCCCAUGGCCACCAGAUGAGCAUCAGAUUGUACAGUUUAUCUUGGCGUUCAAGGGAACAGCCAGCAUUUCAGACGGUGCUGGGCAAGUCGUUUAUGGAAUUCUCAUCUACUACCUUUGCGCCAGGCGUGGCACAUGCUCUGCAGGAGGUGCCCCAGGAACUGGCGUGAGUAGUGCUUAUGUGAUUGUGGACCUCUACCAGGAGGUGCUUGUCUGGGCAGUGUGUUUCCUCUUGUUGCCUCGGAGCCUGCCUUAUCUCAACCGCAGUUCUGCAACAGGUUUGGAGAGAGAGACGCAGAGCGAGGACACUCACCGAGGGGGUCGCAUGAACGCCUUGCUACAGUAUAACCUGCUUGUCUUUGCCUUCAGUCUCAGCAUUUUCCUUGUUCUGUCUGUGCGAGACACCGUGGCUCUUUCAUGGGAUGACGGUCAAGAAGCGAUGUGGCAUUUGUGGCACUGGCGGGUUGCAGAAAACUUUUUCUGGGCUCGGACCAUCUUCGGACUUGGCAUGUUUCCCUUCUUUUUCCUGUUGCACCCGCAGAUCAACAAGUUGUUGACACACAGCACACCUACAGGCUACACCAGACUGGGCACACUGAAAAGACACAAGCCAAUUCUGAGACCCAAACCGCCAGGAACCGUCCGACCGCAUGAAGCUCUAGAGGCGAAGGACUCCCCGACUGAGCCAUUGCCUCCAUUGCAAGAGCUGCACGAACUGUCACCAGUCUCGGAUGGCAUCAAGGAUCCAGAACCAUCAGAUUAUAGACCAUUGAAGGCUAUUGAUUCGGAUCCGGUUGAGGACCUGCGAGCAGUGAUACGACGGUUACCUGGUGGACGUGCUGCACUGUUUGCUGGCAGCAUGUGGCUGCGAGCAACUGGAAAGGCGGUGAAUGCUGCUGUGACCGUGGUAUCUCUUGAAAUCCGUGUGGCCAGUGCUGGAGUUUCUCUCGGGCUGCGGGCUGCUGAUGCAGGCCGCUCUGCAGCACUGCAAGUAGCCAGACGAGUGGUGCCAGGAAGUGAUACUGCUGUGGUGCGCUUCAUGCUUGCUAGAGCUGAAGCUGCCCGUUCGACCACCGUGAUCCUAGUUGGUCAUUGCGAUCGUUUGUUACAGGGACCGGUGUCCCUCACCACUCGUCUCGUAAGACAAGUGCCAUUGGGUCCAACUGCUUUGUCCGUGCUUGGAACCAUGGGUCGGCUUGGAAAGGGCUUGGUGCGCACCUGCUUCCUUAUGGCGGCUGCUGUGGAGUCGCCGGAGGUUAUUGGUUCCACCUCCGGUGAUGGCAUGCCCCUGGUGCAGGCUGGCCUUCCAACGAUGGAGCUGCUUCAAGCUGCAGGCGGCUCCGAGCUAGCAGAACUUAGUGGGAAGGCUGAGCUGGUCAAGCUGGAGGCAGCUGCAAGGCUGGCAGAGUUGCUGACGCGGGCAGAGCGGUUGGCAGAGCGAGAGGUGGCCGAGGCCCGAGAGGCACUUCAGCGAGUCCAGCCGGAGAUCAGCAAGAUAUCCCAAGCCCUUCGCGAUAGGAGUCAAGGUUGGGCGUGGGAGUUGAAGCGGGCCAAGAGUGCAUGUGAAAGCAUGUGCAGAUCAACAGUGGCUUUCACCUGUGAUCUUGCUUGGCGGCUGCCGCUUGCUGGCCAGGUGCUGCUGGAUGCCUUUCAGCGUGAGCUGGAGGACCUCCAGGAGCAGAAGCCAGCGAGACGAAGUUGGUUGCAAACAUUUGAGGCCUAUUCUCGGGUGAUGUUUUCAUCAGCAUGCGAGGCUGUUUUGGAACUACGCCCAAAGCACAUGCCAUCAAUGAGGGUCCCUGCGCAAACAAUGUUUGCGGAGGGUCGCCCACCACGCCUCAAUUCCAGAGGCAAUAGCCCUGCACCACCUGCGAAGGCUUCCUCUGGCCAAGGCCGGAGCAGCAGCCUUCCCAGACCACCGAAGGCCAGCCCUGACGACAAAGGAGCCGACGGCACAGAACCUGACCAUGGAAACAGUGCCCCAUUGUUGCCUGAGGUGCGUCUCUCUGGAGUUGCGGCGCUGUCUGGAGCAAUGAGGCGAUUUGCAUCACCACGUCAACAGCCUCAGAACGAUGAGGAUGGCGUCCGUGCAUCGAGUGCUGAGGUACCUCCAGUAGCGCAAGACCAAAUGCGGCAAAGAGUGAGGCGAAACUCCAACCACAUUCGCUCUGAGCCAUGCUCGCCUCCAACAGGAGGCUUGGGCUUGCAUACCAUCAGGGCAGCUACGUGUAGAGACCUUGGCAGACCUCCAAGACCACAAGGCACACCAAGAGAAGGUGCUCUUGGUUGA